CUCGGAGCAGAAGAGGGAGGAGAGACCGAGGACGGGAGAAGGUCCGCCAUUAUUGGGAAGCUGAAAAAACACAUUAACACACGCAUUCGCACACGCGCCAUCACCAAAUUUCGCUUUUACGUUGGGAGAAGUCCUUUUUUCCUCGGCGGGGAAUCGCGCCGCGCUUCAUCAGACUGCGUGUUUACGAUCGAACUGUGCGACAAACAUGAACAACUCGAGAUGUUUUGGACACAACAAAGGAAAUUUUAAGUGCUCAAAAACAACGUGGUGAACCCAAGGGAAGACACAGCGAUACAAAGCUGUUUUUCCUCUCAGUCUCUCAACGCCCCCUCUUUCCGCGAAGAAACACGGCGAUCUGAUAUUCCAGUCAGAUUUCUUCGAUGGUUUUUUGGUCUUUUGUGCCGGAUUCGGGAAGAGACGCGCGCAUCAGAUUGUUGUAAACUUUGAGAAUACGAUCCGUCAUUGAAAGAAGGGAUUGUAUCGGGAUCGGACAGCUGCAGAAGUCAAACGUUGAUGUUUACGGGACUCCUGCUGGACUAUUAUUCCUUUUAUUUCUCAUCUUGACGAAUUCCCUCAACCGGUCCCUUCAGAUUCAGGAGUGAAAGAGAGGCAUGCUGUGGGUCAUUUCAAGGCUGGGCAAACAGUAUUACUGCGGUAAAGAGCCCCUGUAGAGAGGAGAUGGGCUCGAAUGUUACCACCUGCAGCACACCCGCCUAAAGCCACACUGCCUCCUUUCCCCCACCCUCAAACCCCAUUCCCCUAUUCCACUUCUAAAUCUCUGCUAAACUCGAGGAUGGACCAAUGUCUCUGGAUUUAAAAUUUAUACAUUGAGGGCAUUUUAUGUUUUGGCCCUACAUGAAGAAAGCUUAAGAGCAACUUUUUGGAUCUUUAGAAAAUCAUAUUUUGCCAGGCCUGUAAGCACUUGGAUGGAAAAUCAGCCCAGUAGCUUUCAGAUUAGAGCUUCAGGGAAUGGCAAGAUGAGCGCUGUCAUACGAUGAUGAUGGCAAAAAAACAAGAUGCCCGGGCACCAACCUACAACCUUGUAGUGGUAGGUUUGUCCGGGACUGAGAAGGAGAAGGGGCAGUGCGGUGUGGGCAAGUCUUGCCUUUGUAAUCGCUUCGUCCGCCCCAGUGCUGAUGAUUUUCAUUUGGACCACACAUCUGUUUUAAGCACAAGUGACUUUGGUGGAAGAGUGGUAAACAAUGACCACUUCCUCUUUUGGGGCGAAGCGGUACGAAUGUUGGACGAGGGGGCUGAGUGUCGAACGCAUGUUGUUGAGCAAACAGAGUUCAUUGAUGACCAAACGUUCCAGCCACAUCGAAGUACUGCCUUACAGCCCUAUAUCAAGCGGGCAGCUUCUACCAAACUGGCCUCUGCUGAGAAGCUGAUGUAUUUCUGUACAGAUCAGCUCGGGCUAGAACAAGACUUUGAGCAGAAGCAAAUGCUCGAAGGCAAGCUUUCAGCGGAUGGAUUCUUACUCUGUGUUGAUGUGAGCAGGGGAAUGAACCGUAACUUUGACGACCAGAUGAAGUUUAUCAGCAAUCUGUAUAACCAGCUAGCUAAAACCAAGAAGCCAGUGGUACUUGUUCUUACCAAGUGCGAUGAAGGGGUUGAGCGGUACAUUAAAGACUCUCACACCUUUGCCAUGACGAAGAAGAACUUGCAGGUUAUUGAGACCUCAGCACGCUCUAAUGUUAAUGUGGACCUUGCCUUCCUUACCUUGGUGCAGUUGAUAGACAAGAGUCGAGGGAGACCCAAGAUAAUUCCGUACUUUGAAGCCCUCAAGCAGCAGAGUCAGCAGAUAGCAUCCGCCAAGGACCGCUAUGAAUGGCUGGUCAGCCGCAUUGUAAAGAACCAUAAUGAAACGUGGCCCAACAUCAAUCGUAGAAUGCAGACUUCCCCUGAGUACAAAGACUACGUCUUCCUUGAGGGUACAUCCAAAGCCAAGAAGCUUUUUCAGCAACAUGUACAUAGACUCAAGCAGGAGCACAUAGAAAAGCGGCGUAGAAUCUAUCUCAGCACACUUCCGCAGGCUCUUAACUCCUUGGUCCCAGACCUGGAUGAAGUUGACCACCUGAGCUGGUCAGGAGUACAGAAAGUUCUUGAAACGAAGCGGGAAUUCUCCCAUUGGUUCGUCAUAUUGGAUGACACACCAUGGGAAACUACACCGCACAUUGAUAACAUGGAGGAUGAACGCAUUCCUCAGGAUCUUUUGGAAACCCCAGCAGCAGAAGUAAUCUAUGAAAGUCACUUAGAGCACCUGCGUAACGAGCGAAAGCGGGCAGAGAUGCGACAGGAGUUUAAAGGGAAACUUGCUUCCUCACUAUUUAUUACACCUGGCAAACCUUGGGAAGAAGCCCGUAGCUUCAUCAUGAAUGAAGAGUUUUAUCAGUGGAUAGAUGAGUCCGAGUACAUUGACAUCUACAGCAAACACCAGAAGGCCAUUAUUGACCAAGCUAAAGAGGACUUUCAAGAACUUUUACUGGAAUACUCUGAGCUGUUCUAUGAACUUGAAGUUGAUGCUAAGCCAAGCAAAGAAAAAAUGGGCGCCAUACAAGAGGUUCUGGGAGAGGAACAGAGGUUUAAAGCCCUCCAAAAGCUUCAAGCUGAGAGAGAUGCCCUGGUACUUAAGCAUAUCCAUUUUGUCUAUCACCCCACGAAGGAAACUUGUCCGAGCAGUCCUCAUUGUGUGGAUGGCAAAAUUGAGCAACUCUUAGCCCUUCGAUUUCCCACUCGAUAUUCAUUUGACAGCAACUCAAAAUCACAAUUUGGCGAGGGAAAAGUAGAAAGAAUUAAUCUUGUAAUUCUUGGCAGAGAUGGACUUGCAAGAGAGCUAGCCAAUGAGAUCAGAGCGCUCUGCACCAACGAUGACCGGUACAUGCUCGACGGAAGGACUUAUGAACUGGCUCUUCGGCCAAUAGAGGGCAAUGUGCGCCUUCCUGUAAACUCUUUCCAAACCCCUACUUUUGCCCCACAUGGGUGCCUAUGCCUGUACAACUCCAAGGAAUCCUUAUCCUAUGUCGUUGACAGCAUUGAGAAAUUACGGGAAUCAACUCAAGGUCGAAGGGAAAGUAACCUACUACAGCUUCCCUUGUCCCUUCUACUGGUCACCAAAAGAGGUGUUGGUUCAAUUGCCGACAUUGGGGGUGAAACUGCCCAAAGCCUGAUUCAUCAAGGUCAGCAAGUGGCUGGCAAAUUUCAGGUCAGUUAUUUGGAACCUGCUUCCCCAGGUGUGGGAUAUGGUCGUAAUGUAAAUGAAAAGCAUUUAAACCAGAUUUUAAAAGGUCUCUUAGACACACGGAAGCCCUCAAUUAGUCUUGGCAGUAACUCUCCGCCCUUAUUGCCUUCACUUGGAAGCUUCAGAGAAUCUCAGCAGAGCUUAGAGGCUGACUUACGAAUUGUAAUGUGUCUUAUGUGUGGAGACACUUAUGAUGUUGACCAGCUUCUGUCACCAUUCCUGCUGCCCCAGCACUGUAGGCCCUCCACCAAUCUAUCCAGCGGAAUGUCAGUGUUGUUGGAGUUAUCUGUUGGUGGCCAUAGGCAAAGCAUUGAUCUUGCUAUACUGUCGUAUCAUUCGUCUUUCUCCUUGCGUAAAAGCAGAUUAGUGCAUGGUUACAUAGCAGUAUACUCGGCCAAACGAAAGGCUUCCAUGGAAACUCUUUGUGCCUUCCUUUGUGAGGUCCAGGACAUUAUUCCAGUGCAGCUGCUCGCUGUUGCAGAGACUCAGUCAGAAAUGGCGGACUCAGAGGCAGUCCGGGAGCAGCUUUCCCAAGGGGAGGAUUUGGCACGUGAAAUUGAUGCUCGUUUCAGUUCUGUAAUCUGUGGACCUGGUGGGGUUGUGGGAGGUCUGCAUCGGAUAGAUCACUUCCAGCCAUUCCUCAAAGAGGUAGUGGAAAAAAAAACUAUUGUAGAGGCAACGCACAUGUAUGACAAUGUUGCUGAGAAUGUCACCAACGAGAAUGUUUCCUCACCUCGAUGUGGCUCUCCAAGCAUCACUUUGUUGGAUUCAGAAGACGACAUUGAGCCCUCCUCACCUUAUCAUACCCUUAGGGAUGAUGGCACCUUGACUCAUGGUAAUUUCAAACUCCCUGAUCUAGAGGCUGAUGCCUUCUCACUUUCUGACAUCACCACCUUUGAAAACAAGCUUAACAACAAAGUCCCACCUCAAGUACGGUCAAAGCCCAAUGUCACCUUUGACAUCCCCAAAACCCCAAACUUUAGUUCAUUUAUGGACCUGGGGGUUAACAGGCGCUCAUUACCAUCAGUCACCUGGCCACCAACCAGCGAAGGUGGUUAUGAUCCUUCUGACUAUGCUGAGCCAAUGGAUGCUGUUGUAAAACCUCGUCCCACAGAGGAGGAAAACAUAUAUUCUGUACCACAUGACAGCACACAAGGCAAGAUCAUAACUAUUCGCAAUGCAAACAAGAGUCAUUCCAAUGGCGCGGGCAAUGGGUCGGACAGUGAGGCUGAUAGCAGUUCAUUGGAGCGUCGACGAAAACUGUCUGCUCUUGGAGUUAAGCCUCGGCUGUAUCGUGAUCGCUCCAAACGUCUUGGAAAAUUUUGCAACUUUCGCACAAGCUUCAUCGGCAGCGAUGAUGAACUUGGAGGCCUCCCCAAGAUGAAAGAGGAUGAGAUUGCAGCACACAAAGGGGACAGUAUUUUACACGAGGAAGGUGAAGACCCUAAAAAAAGAAAUAUUCUGAAAAGCCUGCGCAGAAAUACGAAGAAAACGCGGCCAAAGGCUCGCCAGUCUUCCAUAUCCAAACCACCUGAGAGCAGCUACUUUGGAGUUCCCUUGGCCAAUGUGGUCACACUCGAUCGGCCCAUUCCAUUCUUCAUUGAAAAGUGCAUCCGUUACAUUGAGGCUACAGGGUUGAGCACAGAGGGAAUCUACAGGGUGAGUGGAAAUAAGGCGGAGAUGGAGAGCAUGCAGCGACAGUUUGACCAGGAUCCAAACAUUGACCUGAUCGAGAAGGAUAUGUCCGUGAACACAGUGGCUGGAGCCAUGAAGAGUUUCUUCUCAGAGCUGCCUGAUCCUCUUGUACCCUACAGCAUGCAGGUGGAGCUUGUCGACGCCUUCAAAAUCAAUGACCGAGAGCAGCGUCUCCACGCCAUGAAGGACGUUCUCCGCAGGUUCCCUCGAGAAAACUACGAUGUCUUCAAAUACGUCAUCUCUCACCUAAACAGGGUGAGUCUAAACAGCCGUCUGAAUCUGAUGACCAGCGAGAACUUGUCCAUCUGUUUCUGGCCCACCCUGAUGCGGCCCGAUUUCACCACCAUGGACGCGCUGACGGCCACCCGCACCUACCAGACAAUCAUCGAGACCUUCAUACACCAGUGUGCUUUCUUCUUCUACAAUCAACCCUUGGCCGACACGCCCAGCGGCCUGCCUGGACAGCCGGCUUCCCCUUCCACCACCUUAUCUUCCAUUUCCCACGCAACGGUCUCCGCCUACUCGGCCUACACCACACCGCAACCCGUAAUCCCUUUCAGCCCCAUCCAACAGUCCCCGUCUCAUUCUCCACCCCCAACCCCGCAAUCCCCAAUCCAAAACCUGCUGCCUCAGAUACACCCCCACCACGCCCCCACGGAACAACACAUGCUGUGAACCUGUUCGGGAGCACUGAAAGAGAUUAAUGGAUGAGACUUCAGGGAUUUUAAAGGAGAUUGCACGGCCGUUCUUGACUUACUAGACGCGAAAGACGUAGAGGAGACGAUUAGAGGGUGUUGAGAGGUCAAGACGCCACUUGAAUCACGCUUCAUCAACUCUUUCUAGAUCGUUCUACUACUUGAUGAAUUGCAGAACCAUGACAUUCUCCGCCCUCAACCACAUGUAGACGACUUUAACACGUUAAGUUUGGUAACUCGUUUUUGGCGCCCCCUUUAUAUUACAGGUCCAGUUUUGCUGGUUCCAAAGGCCACGCCUUCUCUUCGUCGAUUGGCCAAGGAUUUGACCAAUGGGUGGGUGUACGGACCAUCAUGACCGAGUAGACCGCCCUACGUGACCUCUUAAGGAUAAAGUCAAGGGUGGCUACAGGGGGGCCUAUAUAUAUUUGUUUUAUAGCUUUUGACCACUGUUAUAAUCAAAUAAAAAAAUCCCAUCUGCUUAUUUUCAAGUACAGCAACACGGCCACAUUCCUCCUUAUUUAUCCUGUGUCGCUCGUGACAACUAUUCAAAGACGGACAAAAAAACACGGAACUUGACAAACUGGAUCUGGUUUUGGGAGUAUGUGGUAUGCUUUUGCACAGCAUCGUGGGAUUUGAAGUCUUUCCUGAUUGCUCAACUCUGUUGUCUUCAUGAGCCUCCAGAACAUGCUGGAAGACCAAUGCUUCUUUUAUGGCAGAAUGUCCUCCCUACCACACAUCCCUUGUUCUCAUACAUGGUUCAGAAUUGACACCCGUGUAGUGUCUGUUAUACUUCUGUAGAAUGGUCUUAUUGUACCCCCUGGUUUUGUGGAUUCAUUUACUCUUUGCACAGACGAAUAUAAUGCGUGGUUAUUGGAGGAGGGAUGGGCUAGGUGCAUUUAGAUGAGGAGAGGUGUGCACCAAAUGGAGAGUUUAAAGGUAAAGAAAGUACCAGUUCACAUGGCAUUGAAUACAGAGAGUCACGUAAGCUUUGAUGGCUUUGCUGGAACCUGAGGUAAAUAAGACCUUUAAUAUGUUAAAAUAAGAGUUCAGCAUGUGGCGCAGAUGUCUUUUUUUUGCGUAGUGGUGUUUGUGUCCUCUGUCGGGGUCAAGUCGGUUACAUUUUUAGACUUUGGUGACCCAAGAAGACGAAAAACAAUAAAAAAAAUCAAACAUAAAAUCAGAGGUAUCCUGUCAGACUGGUCUAGACUAGCCGUUUGUGAGCUGCAGGAGCUCAACGCCACCACCUAGUGGACUUUGAUGGUAUAGCACAUUGCAAGUGAUCGAAAUUGCUGGAUGCACUUAAAAUCAUAUCAAUUCACAGUGUAACAAAAGCGAGAACGACUAACUCGAUUGCCAUGCAACAUUUUAAGUAGCAGUUUGUGCCACAGCACUUAUACUUUAUCUUUACCCAGGAAAGAGAAUAGAUCAUUUUCUGUGAAUUAAUCUGCAUUGUGUUCGGAUGUAAAGUUUGUCAAGAGCCAGGAUUUCUGAGUAGAGCAGACGUUCAAACUGUGAAACAAUCACACCAAUUCAAGUUUAUGAAUGUUUUCCACAGUAGCUGAACUGAGCGACUUUAUUUGUGCAUUUCUCUCCUCUAAAACAUUUGGAUAAAACCGCAACUGCCCUGCCCACUCGAAACUGUCAAUCAACCCUCACUUCUGAUUGGCUGUCUGAUGAGCCACAACUCUUUCUCCAUCAUAUCCAUACUUGCUUAUACAUAAUGUCAUUUGCUGUUAGUUCUUCAGAGAGCAGGUUAAAUGGUAUAUUUUGGGAACUCGGGAGCUGUGUGGUCUAUACACGCCUGGUACUUGGUAUGAAUGCUGCAAUCUCUGUGUGUAUUUUCAAGUGUAUUGUUUCUGAAAUGAGUGACUGCGACAUAAAUAAAAAGGGGACGGGGAGAUACUGAAUAGCAACGAAAAACGUAUUAAAAAUAAUGUGACAUUGGUUCGGCGAUCCUAUUUGGCUGCAUCACUAUUAUUUUUUGAUUUGUUCCAUUUUCGUUUUGCAACAAUAGUGACAGUUUAAGUUAAAGGAGAAAUGAGCAAAACUAUAUUCAAAAUGGUUGUUUAUUUGUAUGUUAGGGGGUCUUACACUUUGCCCUAUAGUCAAUGGUGAUAGAAAAAAGUUUUCUUUUAUGUUUUCUUUUAAUAAUUAAAAAAAUAAGACACAUUUUUUAACAGUUCUUUUGUGAAUGGUGUAAAAGGCCACAAUGUAGUGCAUGAUUCAAGACCAGGUCCGGGAGAGGGGUCUGCCACUCUCAGUAUUAAUAAAUGGAAAAAAAUAAACAAAGAAAAAAAUAGAGUGGAAAUAAAUGAAGUUACAUCAACAAAAAAUCAUGUCAUUGUUUGCCAAGACUUUGGUAAUUAGUCUCAUUGGGAAUGGUGUAUAAACAGUUCAAGGCCUUCUGUGACCUGUAUUAUAGUUAAUAAAUCAAUCUUGUAAAAUC